AUGGAAUCUUCAAGCAAGAAGCAAAAUCAACAACGUUCUCUCUCGGUGUCCAUUUCAAAUUUGCAAAAGCAUCAUGCUGAGAACUCGGCCACCUCUUCUCAGAAUGUGUCAAUUCAAGACUUCUUCUUUAAUAAUCCUAAUAGAUCGAAAAUGACUUUAAGUUCAGUCGAUGAUUUGCAGGAUGGUUCCAACUUAAGCAUAGCAGAGGAGGGGAAUGCACCAACAAGAAAACCAAACAUUCCAUAUGGUAACAUUCCUUCAACUACUUUUGUCAAGCCAAAACCACAAAUUAGAAGUUCGACCCCAACCCCCUUGGUUAAUGAGUUUACCCCCAAGAAGGAUUUCAUGGAACCAAAGCUAUCCAGUAUGAGAAUCAAUAGACCCCAACAUUCUCACCUCCGUAAUUUUAAAACGUCUUCCAUUUUAUCUUUAGAUCAAAAACUGGAUUCCAUCUUGAAAGAAAACGAGUCCAGUGCCAGUAUUGUGUCUAAUAAUAAUAUCAACGAUAAAACUAAUAGUACAAGUAACAUUGAAGAUGAGACGUCAAAGAAUUAUACCGGCUUGCUGAACAGUGAGGAAAGCAACCUUUUGGACAUGAACAACGAUUUUGGGAAGGUUUCCCCCUAUGGCGGAUUCUCUAGACCACAUUUGUUUGUUGAGGAUAAACAAGAAUUCUUCAGCAAUGCACCUUGGAAGGUGUCUAAAUUUGAUCAAUGUAAUGGUAGCUUAAUCAACUCUAUCGAUUUGGCAAGAAAAUCCGGUAUUGUUGACGGUGAUCUCAAGUGGGUUGGUGCUGUUUCCAUGCCUUCAAAUAUCGUUCCGGAUCAUGUCAAAGCCGACAUUAGUAAUGAGCUCAAAGAAAAUUACGACUCAAGCGUCGUUUUCCUUGACGAUGAAGUUUUUGAAGGCCACUAUAAGUCUUUCUGCAAACAAAUUCUAUGGCCUAUUUUCCAUUAUCAAAUUCCAGAUAAUCCAAAAUCAAAUGCCUUUGAAAACCAUUCAUGGAAAUACUACGAGAAAGUUAACAAAAUCUUUGCGGAGAAAAUUGCAAAGGAAUACAAGGAAGGUGACGUCGUUUGGAUCCAUGAUUAUCACCUUAUGUUAGUCCCUCAAAUGUUGAGGAAGUUGGUACCAAAUGCUAAAAUUGGGUUUUUCUUGCAUAUCAGUUUCCCUUCAAGUGAGGUUUUUAGAUGCUUAGCCCAACGGAAAAACAUUUUGGAAGGUAUGUUAGGUGCUGAUUGUAUCACCUUUCAAAACGAAGAAUAUAUGGCUCAUUUUCUACAGAGUUCAAAUAGACUAUUAUUUGCAGAUUUUAAUGAUGUUGGUGUGUAUUACAAGGACAGAGUUACAGUUGUAUCAUACAAUCCCAUUGGUAUUGAUUUCCACCAUCUUCAUAAGCAACUGAAAUCCAACGUGGUUCAGAAUUGGAGAAACUUAGUCAGUGACAGAUGGCAAAAUAAAAGGCUCCUUCUCAGCAGAGAUAAAAUGGAUAAAAUAAGAGGCUUAAAGGAGAAAUUACUUGCGUACGAAAGAUUUUUGAACAACCAUCCGGAGUAUGUCAAUGACACUAUCUUGAUCAUUAUAUGCUCAAAGAGUGGAACAGAUGAUGAAGACUACGAAAAUGAAGUAUUAUCUAUUGUUGAAAGAAUCAACUCAAAAACAGAGAUUAUUUCGGUGGAUCAGCCUGUCAUUCUAUUAAAUCAAGAUGUGGAGUUUGAACAAUAUCUAGCAUUAUUGGCCCAGGCAGAUUUAUUUAUCGUCUCGACUUUAAGGGAAGGCAUGAACUUGACAUGUCAUGAGUUUAUUUGUGCUUCACAACAUCUACAUUCACCUCUAAUUUUAAGUGAAUUCGUUGGUUCCGCCUCCUUCUUAAAUGAUGGUCCGUUCAUUAGUAACCCAUACAACGUCAAGCAAGUUGCGGAUCAGAUAUACUACGCUUUGAAUAUGGACGAAGAAGAAAAAUAUGACAGAUGGGAUAAAAUCUUUCAACAGAUUCUGAAAAAUGAUGCCAAAACUUGGGUUGCUAAAUGUAUGGAUGACUUAAGCACUGCAUAUAAUACAUUGAACUUAUCACAAACAGAUAACUUGAUUAAACCCUUAACCGAAAAGCUCUAUAAUGAAAGAAUGGGCAUUCCGAAACCAUUGGGAAAACGCCUAUUUGUGAUUAAUCUGGAUGAGUUGACCGGAAGUCUUGAGAUCCACGGGCAAACAAUUAACUCUCUACAGCAACAGGUGAUCAUUAAAACAUUAUCAAAUCUAACCGCUGAUAAAUCUAACCAUGUUUACGUAUUUAGUUUAUUUGGAAGAACUGAGCUAUUGAGGCAAUACGGUAGAAUCUCAGACUUGGGUUUAAUUGCAGAAAAUGGUGGCCUGAUAAAAUUACCGUUUUCAAACGAAUGGUACUCAAUUGUUGAAGAGGCCGAAAGGGAAUGGAUUCCAAGUGUUGUUCAAAUGGUUGAGGCAUUCUGUGAAAGAAUUCCAGGAUCAUACAUUGAAGUUGAAGAAUGCAGUGUUGCAUUUCAUACUGAAAGUGUUUCUGUGUCCGACAAAGACUAUAAGGAUGGCUUAAUUGGCGAUAUCAUCACUCACAUCAACGAGUUGUUCAGUAAGGAAUACAAUAUUCAUGCUACUUUGACCAAGGGGAUCUUAAUUGUCAAGGAAAUGAACUUGAUUUCUAAAUCUUUGGCGCUGAUUUCGGAUUUAAGUACUGAUAUCAACAAAAUGAAGAAACUACCAUCAUCUGGAUCAGUUUUAUCCUCACCUGUUAGUGAAAUUGCAUCGCCCGUGCUGAGUCGUUCUGGUUCAACUAUAUCUACAUUGGCAAUUUCGCCAAUUCAAAUCUCAUCUAAUGAAGUUAGUGCUAUGUCUGCAUUGAACGGGUUUGAACAUAUCUUUGUUUGUGGCGGUAUUUCAAGAAUCGAUGAAGAGUUAUAUUCCUAUUUCAAUAACUUAUCAGAGACCGGCGCAAUUGAUUCUCAUCAUGUCACCGUUGUGUGCGUCGGCCAACCUGGAAAAUUCAGAACACCAGCAUCAUUUUCUCUCAAGGGUAUAAACAAUUUAAUGACGCUAUUGAACAAGGCGAAUACCGGGACAAACUAA